CCGCUGUCUUCGAGUCGCUUUAAACAAAAUGGCGGAUCGGGCUGGGGUCUUCGCCGAGUGGCUUUAAAUUUAAUUUUAAUAUUGAAGCACCAGGUGAGGAAACUGUUCCCAGCCCAACUUGCAGUGGGGAGACAUUGCCUCCUGAAGUUGAUCACGUAUCCUGCCUUUUGUUCAGCUGAGUUACGUUAUUGCUUUUGUGUUAAUACAAACUCAGAACCAGUAUGCAUUAACAGAAAAUUGAUUGGUGUAGCUUGGCUGCUGUGAAUGGGUUUAUCUGCCAAUGGUUAUCUGGUAUUGUUUGAAAUAACCAACAGUUGCUGUCUUCACCUAUCAAUGUACUUUGAAUAAAUGCCAAAAAACUACAUUGGGUCCAUGAAACCAAACCUCAAUUCACAAUAAAACUUUGAAAACGAAUAAUGAAAAAACUGUGUAAAGAUUGCAAACUCUGAAGAAAAGUACUAAGUGUGCUAAACCACCUCGUCCAGCUCAUGUUUUCUCCUGAUCAAGAAAAUCUUUCUUCAUCCACCAAAGCACCCAUUAAAUAUGGAGAAAUCAUUGUGUUAGGGUACAACGGAUCUCUACCAAAUGGAGACCGAGGACGAAGAAAAAGCAGAUUUGCUUUAUUUAAAAGACCAAAGCCAAAUGGUGUGAAACCCAGCACAGUGCAUGUAACCUGCACUCCUCAAGCAGAGAAGGCAAUAAGCAACAAGGACCAACACAGUAUUUCAUAUACACUGUCACGUGCUCAGACAGUGGUGGUAGAAUAUACACAUGACAACAAUACAGAUAUGUUCCAGAUUGGCCGUUCAACUGAGAGCCCGAUUGAUUUUGUGGUGACGGACACUGUACCAGGAAGUCAGAGUAAUGCUGAUACUCAAUCCGCUCAGAGCACCAUAUCCCGAUUUGCAUGUCGUAUUAUAUGCGAAAGGAAUCUUCCCUAUACUGCCAGGAUAUAUGCAGCUGGAUUUGACUCAUUUAAAAAUAUUUUCCUUGGAGAAAAGGCUGCCAAAUGGAAAACUUCUGAUGGUCAGAUGGAUGGCUUAACCACAAAUGGCGUCCUUGUUAUGCAUCCAAGGCUUGGUUUUACAGAGGAUUCCAAGCCAGGAGUCUGGAGAGAAAUAUCUGUCUGUGGCAAUGUUUUUACCCUGAGAGAAACAAGAUCAGCACAACAGCGAGGAAGAAUGGUUGAAAAUGAAACCAAUGUACUGCAGGAUGGUUCUUUAAUAGAUCUCUGUGGAGCAACUCUACUGUGGCGCACUGCAGAGGGACUCGCUCACACUCCGACUGUUAAGCACCUGGAAGCCCUUCGUCAGGAGAUAAAUGCAGCCAGACCGCAAUGUCCAGUUGGGUUUAAUACACUUGCCUUCCCCAGUAUGAAAAGGAAAGAUGUGGAUGAAAAACAACCAUGGGUGUACCUUAACUGUGGACAUGUACAUGGCUAUCAUAACUGGGGAAACAAAGAUGAGAGAGAUGGAAAAGAGAGGGAAUGCCCCAUGUGCCGAUCACUUGGCCCAUACGUUCCUCUGUGGCUGGGGAGUGAGGCUGGAUUUUAUGUUGACGCAGGACCUCCAACUCAUGCGUUCAGCCCUUGUGGACAUGUGUGCUCAGAAAAGACUACCACUUACUGGUCUCAAAUCCCUCUUCCUCAUGGCACUCACACUUUCCAUGCAGCCUGUCCUUUCUGCUCCACUCAGCUCACUGGGGAACAAGGAUAUGUUAGACUUAUUUUCCAGGGACCUCUUGAUUAAGGAUGCGAUUUUAUUAACUGCAGGGGAAAACAGAUAGUAGAAAGACAUUUGAUAUCUUUGAGAAUUAUAAGCUAGUUUUCUAUACUGAAUUCCAUGGGUUUGUUCUGUUCUGGAACAUAACCUGAAUUGUGUAGCUCUUCUUGAGGAAAGAGACCUCAUUGUUUUGUGAUGUUGCCUACAAGAACGGUUUUGAUAUGUUUGCAUUUGUUAAACAUAAGUAUUUUGAAAUACAGAAACUUCUUGCCCAAAUAUUUAAAAAAAAUUGACUCUCGUGUUGGAGCUCUUCACAAAUGCAAUACCAAUUACAGAUUUGAAGAUUGUGUUGUUUUAAUAAAAUAUGGAAGCAUUUUUAGCUGAUUCAACCUAAUUUGUAAUGGGCUGAAUAAAUCUAAUGCAACUUGAUGAGAUACUCUAUUAGUCAUAAAAGCUGCAGUAUGAUCCAGUAAAAUAUACCUUGUUUCAACACCAUUUGAAAAAAGAAUUGAAUCCUAAAAUUUAGGAACAAUAGGUUUGGUGAUUUAUUACUUUGUUUUAUCAUUAAAAAGGUAUUGCAAAGCACUUCCAGUAUCUCUGUAAGGGAAGGCAGUAGUUUUUCUGUCUUGAGCAAAAUAAUUAUCUCUGGCUUCCAAAGGAAUAUCAGCAAAGUUCAAUUACUGGUAACAGUAAAGAAUCUUCGAUCAGUUAAUUACAGUUGAGACCCAAGGUAGAUGCAUUUUCACAAAGCCUCACAUGUUUUCUUGUUCAGUAUCAACAGGUUGGAGGUAAGAAAUGAUGUGAAUUGGGCACAUUGAAUAUUUUGCAGCUGUUUACUACAAAAUAAUAGGCCACUGUAAUUUAAUAACAUAAAGCUAGCUCUGUGCAACUGUCUGCGUUUAACAUCUCAGUAAAGGCAAGCGCUCCAUGCCGUUGUGCCAAAAUAACGUCUGACGUGCAACACCACCUUGAAUAUCAUUAAUUGUUUACACAAGCUCACCUGCUAAACCCCUAUCUCCCACCAAUAACUGAGGAUGUGUGAAGCUGGCUUAUUUUACUGUAUUGCAGCUUUCAAGUUCUUUAGGGUCUUUUGUACUAAAUUAUUGCCUGAAAUGUAUGUAGCUUUAGGUGUUUGUAGGGGAUGCUUAGCAUAUGUGGAAUGCUAACUUAUAAAGUCUUGAUUUUGUGGAGUAAUAUAUAGGGAUGUGCAAACUGCUCUCUGAUUCUGGUCAACUAAAUUGUACCUUGAGCAAUUAUAUCUUGUCCCUUUAACUUUUUAGUAUUGCUGGCUUUUAAUUCAGUUUACUGUAUAUAAUAAACCUUGUUACAAAACAAA